AUGGCAGUCCGUGAUCGGAGACGGACAAUUUUAAUUACUGGCGGAACCGAUGGAGUUGGCAGACAAACGGCCGCCGAUCUCGCCCAACAUCCAGAUAACUACGUAAUAAUACACGGUCGUACAAAGGAAAGCUGCGAAAAGACGAUAGAGCUGAUUCGAAAAGAAGGCGCCCGAUAUGAUAAUAUAGACUACAUAGCAGUUGAUUUCACUUCAUUAAAAGCGGUUACAACAGCCGUGGAAGAAAUUAAAACGCGAUACCCGGCGAUAUCUUGUGUGGUGUGCAAUGCUUCCACCGUACAGCAACGACGGCACGAGACAAUGGACGGUUUUGAGAGCACUUUUCAAGUGAAUUUUUUGGCGCAUUUCCUGUUCUUGAAUCGGUUGCUGCCAUUGUUGGAGCAGAAUACGCCAUCGAGGAUUAUUGUUAUUGGGAGUACGCUGCAUUCUUGGACGGCCAUCGAUUGGCAAGACCUACAAGCUGGCGCCGAUUUUGAGAAAUACCUCCAAUUCUCCCGCACCAAAUUGAUGUGCCACAUGAUGGCCUUCGCACUGCAUCGCCGCAUGGCAUUAACCGGCUUUAAGGUUACGGUCAAUGUGAUGGACCUGGGCCGAGAGAGGCGGGAGACCAACAACAAUUACAGAUUUCGAUGUGCGUCGGCAUUAUCCACUUCUGAAUCGGUAUUUUCGGUUGGUCGCAGUGCUGGCGGAUUAGUUCAGGUUGUGGAAUCGCCAGCCUUAAAUACGAUGUCUGGAAAAUAUUUGGAUUGCCAUGGAAAGCAGCUACGUUCCGGUGCCGACGCAACCAAUGAACGACUACAAGAACGCUUGUGGGCUGAAGCAACAAAGCUUUGCGCCAAUUAUUUAUUAAAUUCA